GCAGUGGAAGGGACGCUGAUCUACGGCGGACUCGGGGCCGGCACAGCGCUCACCCUCCUGACGAUGGCCCACGCGGUGUUCUUCGGGAAGCGCAGGAAACGCGACCUUCGCUCCGUGCUGGAGGACAACCGCGACGACCCGACCCUCGCCGCCGACUUCGAGCAGAUCUACGCGUCGGACUCGAACUGGUGCGGCCUCAGACUCACCUGCGAGCUGGCAGCCAAAGCCGGGGCGCCGCUGAGCGAGGAGGAGAAGAUGAUGCUCUCCUUCUUCAGGGGCAUGGUGUCUGCAGAAGACCUCCAGGAGAUGGACACGCCGCAGCUCUACUAUUCCUACGCGUCCUUUGUAGGAUUCUCCCAAGGCGCCCCCGAGAAGUGCGAGCAGAUGUACUCCAAGUGCCCUUACUCCGCCAAGAAGAUGAUGCAGGUGUACAGGACGGCGCAUUUUAGAAGUGUGGAGAAGAGGAGGGAUCAGCUGCUGCCGAGCUAUACCCUGGGGUGAGGGGCAGGGCCUUGCGUCAUGACUGUGGGAUUGUUAUCAUUAUUUUGUGUUGUUCCUUUUCCUUCGUCUCGGCACUACUUGUGUGGUGUGGGAUUGUUUAGGAUUAUAGAUAUUAAGGUAAAUACAAGUACGUACCUAAAAGCAGGUACAGAUAGAUGCCCAUACGUACAUGAGUGGAUGGUGAUAUACGUAUACAUAUUCACAUUCACACGUGCAUAUGUUUUGUGAAUUAGUAAGUUCUAGAAAAAGGAGACGUUCUUAAAAUGGGCAAUGUAGCGCAUGCGAUGUCCAACACACACACACACACACACACACACACACACACACACACA